UAAGUCACCCGCCGUCUUGAAAGGUGACAAUAAGAUGCAUUUCAUAUAAAGCAGUAAACUAAAAACAAACGGACACCAACGCCAUUCGAUUCCGUUCAACUUAUAGUGAUUUUUUUUUUUAGUAACAAAUCCUACAUCGAGCAAACCAAAGCGGGUCCGGACACAGAGAAAGCCUGAGUGACAAACUGUCGGUGUGACGCCUAGCUAAACUUUUCUGCGAAGUUCAACUUGAAAAAAAAAAAAGGGUCUCUGACAUGGAGAGAAAGCAGAACAAGGUGACGAUCAAGUGGUUACGAACUGCGCGUGGUUCUGCCACAACUUCUUCAAACAGUAAUGCUGGCUUACACACACCUGCUCGCUGGAAGAUGUCGCCUGUUGAAAACUUGAAGACUCCAUCCCCGGGACUUACCAGCUCUGCUGGAUCCACUCGAUCUGUCGGAUCUACGGGAUCUACAGGAUCUGCAGGCCUUGACGCACUCAGCCUGGACACCCCUAAAAGAAAAGCGGAGGUGCUUGAGGGGAAUGGUCCUUCUGUAGGAAGAAUGAAAAUGAGGAAGCUCUACAGAAAGCGUUUUGAAGAAUUCACCCCCUCCAUGGCCACACCUAUGCAGAACACAUCGGAGACAGAACCCACAAAGAGACAGGAAACAUCAACUCCUACAUCUCACACUUUCAUUUUGAAGAAGAAAGACAGAACACCAGAGGCAGGAACACAGGCUAUCAUCAGGAAGGCCUUUAUUGACACCUUUGGCAAAGGAGUGAAGAGGCACUCCUCCAGUAGCUGCAGCACCAACAGCAGCCCUCUUUUAUCUGCCCAGCCUUCACCAGUGAUGACUGAAAUGCCCAGUUCUGCACCAGCUGACAGAGCAUUGUUGGACUUUGACUGCUGCUCACCCCAGCCUGAGAGUAAGACCAAGGACGACACUCCUGUCCCAGGAGAUCGCUGGUUCUGCCCACUGGUCUUCAUGGACACAGAAAGCCAACGUGACAGCACAGACCAUAAAAUAGAUGAGAGGAAUUUUGUGCUGAAAGGAGAGGAUUCCCCUGAGUGGAGUGAUACUGAGGACCCUGUGUUAAUAGAGGCAAACUCCCAAGAUGACUUUUGUGCUCCAGAAAAGGAAUCAGACACUCUGGUCAGUGACUCUUGGCUCCCGGAACUGGAGUAUGUUUCAGAUCCUGUGCCCAGGUUCAUGAAAUUUGAGAACCACAGCUAUGGCCGCCAAAGCCAAGGUCGCUGUCGGGUCAAUACCCAGGGAAUUACAACUCCCUCUCUCACCUCUCCACACAAUGAUGGACCCACUGGUGUUUCCCAGGCAACUGCUGAGGACAUCCAGUUGCCUUUUCCACAGACACGGAGGACAGUCUUUGUUUCAUCAGAGCAGCAACCAGAAGAUAAGCUGGUGAGCACUCCCAGUCCCGACAAUGUUCCUUCCAGGGCAUCCAGGGUUGACACAGAGGACCGCAACCCUACUAGCUUUACAUCCCCCUCACCAGACCAUUUUGCUCUGCCCAUACACUCAAACAGAAGGGUAUCAUCCACAUCAAAGGUCCCCAGUUUGUGCUCCAAUCUGUUUUCUCCCCUCUACCCCUGCUUGGACUUUAUAAGACCCCGCAGGUACUCAGAUGCUGGCUAUGACAUGCGUUACCCCUCCACCCCUUCUAGUAAAUGUGGCAAUCCUAAAAGAAGAAUAUCCCUGGGGGCCGAACCAAUAUGGACCAAAGACCCCUCCCUUGAUAGCCGUGCUGGUUUCAUAGACACACAUUGUCACCUGGACAUGCUCUACAAUAAGCUGGGCUACCGCGGGACAUUUCAGCGUUUCCGCAGUCUGCACCAGACGAGCUUUCCACCAGAGUUUCAUGGCUGCAUCGCUGACUUCUGCAACCCACGGAUCAUGGUGAAGGAGGCAUUGUGGGAAGGGUUGCUGGCUGAAGACUUGGUAUGGGGGGCGUUUGGGUGCCACCCCCACUUUGCCAAAGAGUAUUCAGAUGUCCACGAGCGCAGCAUAUUGAAAGCCAUGCGACAUCCAAAAGCUGUGGCCUUUGGUGAGAUUGGUCUGGACUACUCCCACAAAAACAACACCAGCUCCUCCAAGCAAAAGGAGGUGUUUGAACGCCAGCUGCGCUUGGCUGUGGCCAUGCAGAAACCUCUGGUAAUCCACUGCCGGGAUGCAGAUGAAGACCUGCUGAACAUCAUGAGGAAGUGUGUCCCUCGGGACUACAAAAUUCACAGGCACUGUUUCACAAACAGUUAUCCAGUGAUCGAACCCUUCCUGACAGAGUUCCCCAACUUGUGCGUGGGGUUCACAGCCCUGAUUACCUACCCAAGAGCCACAGAGGCCCGAGAAGCUGUCCGCAAGAUCCCUCUCCACCGAAUCGUGUUGGAGACAGAUGCACCAUAUUUCCUACCAAGACAGGUUGGUAAAGACGUCUGUCAGUUUGCCCAUCCUGGCAUGGGCAUCCACACCCUGCGGGAGAUCAGCCUGCUAAAGAGAGAGAGCCUGGCCACAGUCUUCACCACCAUCCGACGCAACACUACUCAGCUCUAUGGCUUAUGAGCUUGAUGUUUAAUAUUACAUGUAUAAUUUGACAUAGGAAAGGUAAGUCUCUGUGUUCAGGGCUGGUUUGUUUGUGAAAGUUAGGCUUUUUGUUGUAAGCUUAGAUUUAUCAGCCCUCCUUAAGUGGACUUCAGAAGCAUGAAGUGGUCCGGUUGAUCUGUAUUCUUGUUUUAAAAAGUCAAAAUGUUUAGUAAUUGAUCUCACACUGGUGGGAAAAAAAUGUGAAAAACAGUGACUUGAAAGCAAAUACCUUUGUCUAAUAGAGAUUAUAUUUUAAUCUGUUUAUGUCACAUGCAGAUUAUUGUUCUUAAUUAUAAUAAUAUGAUAAACAUCUAUUUGAAUAUUUAUUUUGUUUGCUGUGUUGCGAUAAUUUGACAUCCCUUACUUGUUCUUGAUUUUUCUGGAUGUUUGUGUUUCUCAUUAUUGUGAUAUAGUUUGUUUUUUGAGACAGUGCAGAAAAUUAAAAACCUUUCAUCCUGUUUAUUCACCCACAAGGCAUUUCAUGUCCAUGUACUCAUUUGCGCACUAAUUAAAAUGACAUCUGCUCUUCCCUCACUGGA